AUGGACACGUUUACCACACUAGAUGCUCGAGCUGCAUAUUGGAGUGUUGAACUGGAGACAACGGAUCGACCCAAAACUGCUUUUUCCGAUGGGUACCGCUUAUUUCAGUUCUGUCGACUCCCCUUCGGUCUAUCCACAGCUCCUACAACAUUUCAGAGAACAAUGAACAUUGUUCUGGCACCAGUACUUGGACGGCAUACAUUGGCAUACCUCGAUGAUGUGAUCAUCUACAGCCGAGGUUUUACUCAACAUCUCCAGCACCUCGCCGAGACCUUACAGCUUCUUUCUUCUGCUGGUCUUAAGCUUAACCCACAGAAGUGUCAAUUUGCUGCCAGUACUAUUGACUUCCUGGGCUUCACUAUCUCACCAGGAGGAGUGUCUCCCAACCAAGAAAAGGUAACUGCUAUAUCCAAGACUCCUGCACCACGCACUUCCGCUUUUGAAGAACUCAAGCUGCGCCUCACAACUGCACCAGUCUUGAGGCAGCCAGAUUUUUCAAGAGACUUUGAGCUACAUACUGAUGCUUCCAGUGUAGCCCUUGGUGCUUGCUUGAUGCAGAGAGAUGUGCACAACACGCCGUACGCCAUUGCUUAUUACAGCAGGAAGUUGAGGGAUGCUGAGACCCGCUAUCCUGCCAGAUUUGGAAGCCCUUGCAGUGGAGGUCCUACCAACCAUGUACCAGACCUGCUUUCACGACAAGUUGCUAAGCUCACCAUCACUGACCUCUCUCCAGAGAGACUUGCUGCAGAACAGGAAGCUGACCCUCUACUGAGUGAUGUUCGCAUCUCAUCUUCCACCUUAGCAUCACAUCCAGGCAUCCAUCGUACUUUCCAGAAUGCUAGGGCAAUGUUUUAUUGGCCUAAUAUGCUGCGAGAUGUUAGGCAGUAUGUUGACAGUUGCCUGAUCUGCCAGCAGUCAAGAGGCAGCAUGCAGAAGGUUCCAAUGGCUGAUACACCAUUAGCAGAAUUUCCCUUGGAACGGGUAUCUAUGGACCUAAUGGACUUUGGUCCAUCCAUUCCAGUUCGCUGGGCCCUGUCGAUCCUGGAUCAGCACUCCCGUUUCCUGCAGAUUGUUCCACUGAGGAAGGCUACUGCUGCAGCUGUCCAUUCGGCCUUUAUGGAUCAUUGGGUUACCCUCUUUGGACCUCCCAGGGUGAUCCAAACAGAUAAUGGGAUACAGUUCACCAGCAACAUCUUCAGAGAACUAACAAAAAUGAUGCAUGCCACGAAUCAUUACACCAUUCGAUACCAUCCUCAGGCCAAUGGAAUGGUGGAACGGACAAACCGUGUAGUGAAAGCUGCCCUUACUACCUUAGUCGGCAAACCGUCAAGAGGACGACUACAAGAAGCUCGUCAAGCAGCGGUAGAAGCUUCCAGACAAGCAAGGCAGAUUUAUGGAAGAUACUACGACCGAGGCAAAAAGAUAGUGUUCCAGCCUACAGAGGGAUCCCUUGUCUGGUACUAUGAACACAAGAGUCGUAUGGGUGGACUACCCCCUCUCAGUGGUAAAUGGCGUGGACCAGCUCGAGUCAUCAGACGCUUAGGGCCAGUUUCCUUCGAAGUACUGAACUUGGACACAGGAGUUCAACUGAAGGCCCAUUUGAAUCACCUGAAGCCCUAUCGCCCUUCUGAGGAACUCUCCUAUGCUGUCGACGAUGAUGACGAGGAAGGACGUGCAGAUGACGAAGAGGGACGUCCCGGUGACGAGGAAGGACCUGCAAACGACGAGGAGGGCCCUGGAGAUGACGAGGAAGGAGGCGAGGAUGGUACCAACCAGCCAGGUGCAGCGGUCCAGGAUGCAGACCUUCCAGAGGAUCCAUGGGUGUCUGUUCUGACAUCCUUUGCCAGGGAGCCAGAGGAGCGCAGGGAGCUGAAUGUUGCAGCCGAGACGCUCAACGGCAACAAUGUAUAG